AUGUCGCUCGUAAUACCUGACAAGUUUCAACAUAUUCUUCGUAUAAUGAAUACGAAUAUCGAUGGCAAACGAAAGGUAAUGUUUGCCAUGACUGCUAUCAAAGGAGUCGGCCGAAGAUACUCCAAUAUCGUUCUUAAAAAAGCUGACAUUGAUUUGGAUAAGCGUGCUGGUGAAUGCACCGAAGAGGAGGUUGAGAAAAUUAUAACCAUCAUGUCAAAUCCAAGGCAAUAUAAAAUUCCUGAUUGGUUUUUGAAUAGACAGAAGGAUAUUGUUGAUGAGGUAUGCGUCAUUACUGGGGUCUCCGUGUGCGUGGUCAACACACCAAAACCACUGGCAGAAGAGGACGUACUGUUGGUGUAUCUAAGAAGAAGUAAA